AUGGAAUCCGCUUUGGUUCCUGAGCAGUUUUAUGGAUCAUCCUAUAUUGCUAGCGUUGAACCACCUCCAGAAGGACAAGUAAGUUUUGAAGAUACUGAAACAGACCUCUCCUCUGAAUUUUCUUCAAGCUCGAACACAAGCCAGAGGAGCAGAUUGGAGUCUAAGGGAUGCAUAGAAGUUUUCCUCCGCGUCAGGCCAUUUACAUCAUUGGAAAGAGAAAACGGAUCAAAGGACUGUGUUUCACUUGAAGACUCGACAAAUAUUAUACUUAAGACCCCCCAACACUUUUUGAAUCGCCCAAGUGAGAAAACUGCAGGACCGAUGUUACAGAGAUUCACAUUUUCGCAAGUGUUUGGCCCUGAAACAACUCAAGCAGAAUUCUUUGAAGGUACCAUGAACCAACAAGUACAAGAUUUCCUAGAUGGAUAUAAUCGUGUUGUUUUUACAUAUGGUGUUACGAAUUCUGGAAAAACUUACACUUUUCAAGGAACAGAAGGUAAUGUUGGAAUUCUGCCAAGGACUCUGGCUAUGUUGUUUAAAAGUUUUGAAGGAAGGCUGUACACAGAAAUGAAUCUCAAACCCCAUCGGUGUAGAGAUUAUAUAAAGCUCACUGAAAAACAAGCGAGAGAAGAAACUGCUAUUAAAACUUCAUUACUUCGUCUCAUAAAAGAGGUAGACCACCAGAUUAACACUAGCAACAAAGCACCUAUAGAUUCUCAGGAUUUGGAAGAUAUCUCAAAACACUCAGAGCAAUCUAUCACAGCUGCAACAAAUUACAUCAAGUUUUCUGUUUGGAUUUCAUUUUUUGAGAUUUACAAUGAACGCUUUUAUGAUCUCUUAAUUCCUACAUCAAAUGAGAAGAAAAGAAAAACACUGCGCCUCGCUCAAGACAUCAAGGGAUGUCCUUUUGUAAAAGAUCUGCGGUGGGUUCAGAUUUCAGACUCUAAAGAAGCUUUUCGACUUCUAAAACUGGGGUUGAAACACCAGAGUAUUGCAAGCACGAAAUUAAAUAAUUGCUCCAGCAGAAGUCACAGAAUAUUCACAAUUAAAGUACUAAAAAUUGAAGAUUCAGGAGGAACACCAAGGGUGACCCGAGUCAAUGAAUUGUCGUUGUGUGAUCUUGCUGGUUCUGAAAGAUAUACCAAGACCUGCAAUGAGGGUGACAGAUUGAAAGAGAGUGGAAAUAUAAAUACCUCUCUCCUGACUCUAGGCAAGUGUCUUAAUGCACUCAAGAACAGGCAGCAGUCAAAGUUGCAGCGGCAAAUACCCUUUCGGGAAAGCAAGCUAACGCAUUUCCUUCAAGGCUUUUUCAGUGGAAAAGGGAAGGUCUAUAUGAUAGUGAACAUCAGCAAAUGUUCAUCAUCAUAUGAGGAAACACUCAAUGUGCUAAAGUUCUCAGCCAUGGCACAAAAAGUUUUAGUUAUGGAAACACCUGUUCUUCCUCAAGAUCUGUCAUUUUGCCAGAAAUCAGCAGGAGACUCAUCACUGCUUAAUGUCCGUAGAAUGCAAAUCCCAAGGAAAAGAGAUACUAUCUUGGAAGAUGUGUAUGAAUGUGAUGAAGAGAUGGAGGAACAGUGCAAUAUGUCAAAAGAAGAAGCAGUGCAAGAACAUAACGUUGUUAUGUCAAAAGAAAAAUACAUGAUGCUGGUGAAUCUGGUAGAAGAGCUGAGGAACGAACUUAUUACUGAAAAGCAAAAUAAUCUACUGCUGGAAAUGAAAAUUCGUGAAGAAGUGGUUCAAGAAUACAUGCAUUAUUUUCUUCAGCAGGAAGUGGAUUUCAAAGAGUGCCUUGCUCAAGAACGAGCACAUCUUGAAGAAAAUUCUGAAGAACAUCUGGAAAUCUUCAAGAAGCAUGCAAGUAGUUCCACUGAAAAUGCAGAUGAAAGAAGUGAAUCACAAGAUGGGCCUUGCAGUGAUCAAGCUGCAUCUCUGAUGGCUGCUUCACAAUCUGUUACAAAAGAAUACCCCUCAAGAAGGCAAGAUUCUCGAAAUAAAAAGUCAGCUAAGAAGAAACAAGGGAGACUACAGAAAAUUGCCAAGAAGCUUAUUGAGACAAUAAGCUCUCCCAAGUCUACAGAACCAGAAAAUGUCAAAGAGAAUGAAAAUGUUCUCAGGCCAAAGCGAGCUAAAAGAAGGCUGCGUACAACUGACAUUUCUUGCCCUCUGGAUAGCCCUGGUUCUUCAGUAAGUGAUGAAGAUUCCCUUCUUCUCCACACUAAUGUUUUGCUGUAAUCCUAAAAUUAACUAUUAGGGGAAAAAAGACAAAUCUGAAGGUCUAAUUGAGUUGCAGAAGAGGUUUGAAAAUACCGACUUAUAUAUUUAUUCUACUUAACCAUUCCUCUUGGUCUUUUCUUUCUACUGUUUUCUUUGGACAUACCUUCACAUCUGGGUUCACAGAUACCUUAGUUGUGGUGUCUGCAGCUUUUUCUCGGCUACAGCAGUGAAGUCCUAAUUUGUUUUUCCAGUAGUUGCACUUCAAUUAAGUUUAGCAUAAAGGGAGAAAUAGAAAUAGAGACCAGUAAGGCAACUACAGAUUUGGAAUUGCAUGACUGAAACACAGUAAAGGUCUGCACAUACAAUUAACUUUACAGGUGAGCACAAAAGGUAUUUUUCGAUUCCAUUUAUGCCCAGGUGAUAUUUGGGCAUAAUAGCAUGUGGAUACAUCCAUGCUUUUCAAAGCACAGUCUAUUAGCCUUCUGGAUGUGUUUUACUUCUCUUUCUAAACCAGUCUAAGAGUCUUGCAGGCCAGGUUUUCAUGUAUUGUUUCAGAAAUCCAGCUUUAUGGUUUAGGCAGUAACUGUAGUGCUGAGCAUUCUUCUGCUCUGUUGGAAGUACAUCUCUUUGUUCUGUUCAUCCUUUCUUCCCUCUGCUAUGAUAAGCAUUUGCCCAUACUAAAGUAGCCUAUUGAAUUUCCUGUAAAUUGUAUGAAUGGAUGCAGCAGAACCCAAAAUGCUGUCCAUAGGAGGAAGAAGAAAAUGACAGAAGUGCUGAGCAAAAAAAUGAGCUAUGAAGCUUGGAAGUGAAAGAAAGGGUGAAUGACUGAAUCCUGUGGAAGUCAGAGAAAGCUAGAGAAAUCUAAGCUUAAAUGUUUUCUGAACUCUUCCUGUAUCACAAAAUGGAUAUUAGAGACUAGAAGUGAGAGCUGCAUUCAGAUGAUAUUUUUCUUUGGACUUUGAUAUUUGUUCCAGCAAAAAUGGGAUUUUGUAUAUUU